CCUUGAAUUGUAAAAAAAAAGUUCAAACUAAAGUAAAAUAAGAGAGAAAAUACAAAAAACCGUGUUGUUAUACGAAAAAAGGCGAUUACUAAGCAAAAAGUUAAACAACAAAUAAAUAGACUACUAAAAAAAAUAAUUCAAUGAUAUAGUUUAUGUACUAUAAAUAAUAACAAUAAUAAUAUUAGAAAUUUAAUUAAACUAAAGUGAAAAACAUUAAAAAUUGACAUUAUACAAAAAUAAGUAUCUAAAGUAUUGUAUAAAGAAACCCUCUCAACUGCUACGCCAGAUCAGUCAUCGAACGACCAAUAAAUACAACAGAAGUUGGAAAAUCACACAAAAGUGAAAUACCAUUGAACAGUUAAACCCGUAAAUACAAAGAAAUCUAAAAACUCAAAAGCCGUACCGUACGAACUUUACUACACAAAAGCUCAUCGUAAAAGCACAACAGCAAAAAUGGCCGACAAGAAGAUUGCAGAACAAUACUAUUCGCCACCGCCAAAGAUGGGCAAAUGGGAGGGUUUCAAAAAAUUCUUAUGGAACAGUGAAACUAGCCAAUGCCUUGGCCGAACAGGAGGCAGUUGGGCAAAAAUUUUAUUUUUCUACAUUAUAUUUUAUGCGGCGUUAACUGGAUUCUUCGCUGCCAUGUUGGCUGUGUUUUAUCAAACACUUCAGGUGGAUAAGCCUAAGUGGACAAUGGGCGAUGGAUUGAUUGGUACAAAUCCAGGUCUUGGCUUCCGGCCAAUGCCCCCAGAGGCAAAUGUUGAGAGCACUUUAAUCUGGUAUGAGAAAUCGAGACCUGAAAACUUCAAAUACUGGGUCGAUGAAACUGCUGCAUUCCUUCAUUCUGUGCCUAAGACCUAUGAAAAUCUACCCAAGCGUAACCAAAUGAAUUGUUCAUUCGAAAAUCCACCAACACCGGGUAAAGUAUGCGCUUUCGAUGCUAACGCUUUUGCACCAUGCACAAAGGAGAAUAAUUUCGGCUAUCAUCAGGCCAGACCAUGCAUAUUCCUCAAGUUGAAUAAGAUUUACAACUGGGAACCAGAUCUAUACAACGACUCCAAAGCUCUGCCAGAACGUAUGCCUACUGAACUGAAAAGCCACAUUACAGAAAAACAAAGCUUGCGACCAAAUCAGACCAAUGUUGUUUGGAUCUCUUGUGAAGGCGAAAAUCCUGCUGAUGUGGAAAAUAUUAAAUCACGUGAUUACUAUCCACGUAUGGGUUUCCCCGGCUAUUAUUUCCCAUUUAAAAAUAUCGAAGGUUAUGUACAACCAAUUGUUGCCGUACAAUUUACCGUUGAAACUGGCGUUUUAAUCAACAUUGAAUGCAAAGCCUGGGCACGCAAUAUUUUCCACGAUCGCCACGAAAGGAGAGGAUCCGUCCACUUCGAAUUGAUGGUUGAUUAAGAGACGGCGCGUAGCCAAUAAAUAAGUGAACGAAGCACAUAAAUACAUAAAAUAACUUAAAUAAAAAAAUAAUAACCAAAAAAAGAAAAUACAAAAUCUAUAAAAAAAAAAUAAUAAUAACAAAAAAUUAAGCAGAAAUUAUUUAGCAAAGAAAAAUAAUAAUGAAAGCCGUUAAUAUAAAGAAAAUUACAGAAAAAUGAAAACAAAAUUAUAACUGCAGAAAAUUGUGAGUAAAACAACAAGAAAAUAGUAGCAAAAUUAAGUAAAGAAACAUGCAAACGGAAAGCAGGCAGGAAGAAGAGUUGUGAGAGUGAGGGCAGCAAAUGAGAGUAAAAAAAAUCUCAAGAGGCAGUAAGAUGAGGAGCAUACGUAAGAAAGAAAGGCGUGCAAAACGUGUAUGGGAAAAAUAACAAAAACGAAUGCAUGAAAAUACAGCAACAACCAAAGAAUAAGAACAACAAGCCGAUGAAAAUGAAAAUUCAAUAAAAAGCGCUAAAAGUAAAAGAUUAUAAUAAAAACGUUAAAAAAAUUAAAUGAAGAAAAAUAUAUACAUAUAAAAAAAAAUGAAACAAGAAAUGCGCAAAAGGAAAAAAAUGCUAAGUAUUUAUUUUGCGAACGAAUAUAAUAAAACUAAAACUACCAAACUUAAGAGUGCAUAAUUAAAUGAAACUGCAGCAACACAGCAAAAAAAAAUAUGAAUAAAUAAAUAGAGCGAGUGCAACCCAAAAUACAAAUAAACAAAUAAAUAAAUAAUUAUAAUACAUAAUUUGUUAGAUAAAGCGUAACAAGGCAUUAUUAAAUACAUAUGUACAUACGUACUCGUAUAUAUAUAUAUACACAAUAUUUUGAUUUUUGAAGAAGAAAAAAA